GUUAAACAGAUUCCUUUGACUUGUCCUGGUCACACAAGACCUGUUGUAGACUUGGCUUUUUCUGAUGUCACAGAUUAUGGUUAUUUUUUAAUAAGUGCUUGUAAAGAUGGCAAACCAAUGUUGCGUCAUGGUCACACUGGUGAUUGGAUAGGCACAUUUGAUGGUCACAAAGGAGCUGUCUGGGGUGCAACACUCAAUAAAAAAGCCACAUUGGCAGCAACAGCUGCAGCAGAUUAUACAGCAAAGGUCUGGGAUGCGCUAAAAGGAACAGAACUCUUUACUUUUACACACAAUCACAUUGUAAAGACAGUUGACUUUUCAAAAGAUGAGGAUAGGUUAUUAACUGGAAGCAAUAAUAAAACUAUGAGGUUAUUUGAUCUCAGCUGUCCUGAUAAAGAACCUUACAUUAUAGAAGGUCUUGGUGGUAAUCCUAAAGCAUGCAUAUGGUUAAAUAAUGAUACAAAUAUACUAUCAGGGUGUGAUGAAAAAACAGUGAGAUUAUGGGAUGUUCGCUCAUUUAAGCAAAUAAAUACCAUUGUGCUGGAUAAACCACUAACUGGCUUAGAAUUAUCUAAAGAUCAAUCAACACUUUCUGUUGUAUGUGGUAAUCAAGCCCUUUUUUAUGACUCUUCAAGUUUAUCAUUAUUAAAAAGUUAUGAAUUAAAGACUGUUACUAAUUCUAUUUCACUGAGUCCCAAAAAAAAUAUUUUUGUUACUGGUGGAGAGGAUUUCUUGCUUUAUAAAUUUGAUUUUAACACAGGAAUACAGCUAGAAGCGUAUCAUGGUCAUUUUGGUCCAGUUCAUUGUGUAAGGUUUUCUCCUGAUGGUGAGUUAUACGCCUCAGGGUCUGAAGACGGGACUCUAAGAUUAUGGCAAACAAUUGUCGGGAAAACAUAUGGCUUAUGGAAAGCGCAAGGCGAUGAAGAAGAUCCCAAACUUUGUGUUAAUGAGCAGAAUUUAUGUAGUGAAGUUGCAGUAGAAUCAUAAUUAUUUUGAAUUGAAGAAAAUGUGUUGUGAAAUAUUAAUUAACAAUGAUAUUUAAAAGACAACAAGAUAUAAUUUGUAUUAUUGAUUUUAGAAAGAUUGAUAACUAUUUA